CACUUGAUGUAACAUGUAUUAUGCCGGAGACCUUAUUCGGCAAUUAAUACAUGGUUUAGCCUUGAUCUUUGGGUCAGGGCGCUUCAGGUGGUAUCAGAGCCAUGCUUGGCUGUAGGACGCGAACCGGUAGUGAACGAUGACCGUAGGAGCCCUAGGAUGGUCAAUACUUGAAAUCCUAUUACUCCUUAAACUUUAUUGUUGUUAUACUAACCCUACCCUUGUAAAUUAGAUGGCUGAUGACUGGACCACCACCUACUGCAUCAACGAAGAUGGAUUCCCCAAGGUGCUUUAUGCUGCCACUGUGCGACUUGGUAUUCCGGAACGUCCGGAGUACGUGGGUCGCGAGUUCAUGGAGUAUGACACCGAAAGCUGUGAGGUCACCAUCCAUAUUGGCGCCAGUGAUAAGUACUUGGAGAUGCAACCCUGGAACGUCACCGCCACAGGAGCCCGUAUGCCUAACACCAUUCAACUUGUAGCUCGCAAGACGCUGCGGUACUUGUGCCAGAUGUUUGAAUGGCACUUGGGUUCCACCCCAUGAAGUACUUUCUCCCGCUGGAUCGUAACCGUCCUGCUUGGGCGGCGAGGAUCCGCAACUUGGAGAGCACCACAGGAACCCCACAGUUGUCGCAGGAACCGAGAAGGACAGCGGCGAAGAAUGGGGGCGACGAGCCGCGGCGUGGGGUUUCGAACCGCCGCCACCUUCCCGGGACUGAAUAUCUUCCCUCCCGCGACGACCGCGGCGCGGGCGAGCGCCGCCGCCCAGCGCGCCGGCCGUCGACCGACGCGGCCGCGAAGGCCGAUGAUGUCGGCGAAUGCCGUUUCAGGGAGAUGAGCGUGAAGGGGAAGGUAGCACUGCAUCCACUGCAAAGAAAUCACGCAAGCUUGACAUUGAGAAAGUCCACGUGCUUGGUGAAAUCAACAAAUCACUUCAAGCAUCUUUGAAGUCUGCUGAACCUCUACAUGUGCCAAAAGGUACCUCCCCUGAAGAAAUCUUUGAGGCGCUCAGAGGGAUACCCAGAUUGGCCCGGGCCGACCUGCUGCGAGCCUAUAGUAUGCUUAUCCGGGAUGAUUGCCGGUUCAGAUCUCUUAUGGCACUCCCCAAAAACAUGAGGAAGGAAUGGCUGCUCCUGGAAAUUGAAAGCAUAUGAGGCUUAUCGAGACAGCAUGCCAGUGAUAGCCAAUUGGGAUCUCUUAGCCUUCUAAUGGAAUUCGAGAAUAAGUGAGACUUGUUGAGUUUGCCCUACAUAUCACGCACGAAUAUCUUGCAUAAUAAUGUGAUGGUGUUUCUAGGGAACUUGUUUCAGUAGUUCUUUGACUCUUGAGGCUUCCUUCCUAGUUGUAUUUUGGUUGUGCAAUGUCUAAUGUCCGCAGCUACUACGGAUUCUCCAUGAACGUAACGUUGCUUAUUCAUGAAAAUGUGUGGAAACUGGAAAUAUCCUUUAUUCUCUUCAA